CUCGUGUGUCUCCCCCGCCCCAUCUCCCCUGAUCCCCAGCCCAAAUCAUACACAACAAGUAGCGAGGGCCAGCCACAGAAGGGAGCCUUUGCCCCUCCCGCGCGGCCACGUCGCACUCACUCACACACACACACACACACCCAGAUGCAUGCAUGUACAUGGACACACCUGCUUGCUAGGGCCGUAAUGAAUGGCAAGGGUUUAGGGUUUAGGGUUUACGGCCAAACCCUAAACCCUAGGGUUUGCCAAACCCUAGGGUUUGGGCCAAACCCUAAACCCUAAACCCUCGACCCUAAACGAACAAUCGAUCAAUGCAGAAUAAACCAACCGGCAUUGAUUGCAAUGCCAUGCACACACAUGCAGACGCAUGCACGACAGGCACGUCACGCAUACGUAGAUACAGACAGACAGACAGACAGACAGACCUACCUGUAUUGUCGCGACAUGCACAAGUAAGUGACAGACAGACAGACAGACAGACUUACGGACAUUCAUUCCAUGUAGGACACCUAAAUACAUACCCGUGACUGACUGACUGACAACAUGUCCUGUCCGUGUGUACGUCGUGUAUGUGUGUGGGUCAUGCCACCGACAGCCACUCGUCCAGUUCAGGAGGAUCCCCCAACUGAACGCCAGAAGCAGGGGACCUGUCACGGCCACACAACACAGAGAGAGCCAUGCAUGGGUCGCUCAAUGUAGGUAGGUGUAUGUCAGACGCUGGUUGCAGUGAGUGCAGCCCCCAUACACCUACAAUUGGCCGAGAAGUGCGUCGUCGGUCUCCAUGCCAUACAGCGACGUGCCCUCACUCGCGACGCUGCCCUGGAGACACACACAUACGGAUGGGUGGAAGGAAGGAACACAUACAGUGGUACAGUGCCAAUCUCCCUCCCUCCCUCACCAGUCGUUUCGAUCCACCAGUAGCAGCAGCAGGACCGUGCACAUCCGUGUGCCUCUCCCUCUUCACCCCCACGUUGCCCAUGUCGCCGCUCAUGCCCGCCUCAUCAAACAAAUCGCCAAGCAGUGGGCCCGGCUGCAGCAAUGGGUCGCCGUCAAACCCAUACAGAUCGCCAUGCGGAGCGGCCGAGAGUGAGGGAUGGCAGAGAGGUGGUGGUAAGAUGUCCUGUGCGUCAUCGGUCGUCAGGUCCAGUGGGUCGCUCAGGCUGUUGGCAAAGGGCAAGGCGCCGGGGAACACGCUCUCGUCAAAGCUGUUGACACGGUCGUACUCCACGCUGCCGAUGUCGUGAGUGAUUCCCUCGUCUUGCUCUUGCCGGUGGCCACACAGCGAUGCGGCUGCUUGUGAGGCGACAAAGUAGCUGUCCUGUGGGAAUGAUGCGUAUCGGGCGACGCCAUCGACCCGCCGACCAAUGAGUGGGAGCACCCCCUUUGUGUCGAGAGUCGCCGUGCGGACCGACGGCUGGCCGUCGCCCCUCGUGUAAGGCGGGGGCACCGAUGGAGCACGCAGACUGGAACCUGAGCGGAUUGUCGAUCGAGAUUCAUGGACACAAACAAACCAACGCAGAGAAAAGCCAGCCAGCUGAUUCACUCAUUCAUUCAUCAAUCCCUAGAUUGUACAUGCAUUGCAAUGCUUUGCUCAGCUCACCCCUCCUGCGUCGUUUGAUGUCUUGUUCGUCGCUGGCCUCCCCGCUGCCGCUCCCGUCGCUCUCAUCGCCACUCCCAUCGCUGCCACCGCCACCAAACCCUUCAUCCCCAUGACCGUGGCCGCCUGACACGCGCGGGGAGAGUGAUCGCGACACCCCACCCAAGGUCAUGAUGGGUGGGGGCGGCUCCAGUGUCAGCGGUGUGGUGGCUGUGCGGCGAGCGGGGCGCCGAUCGGACGGAGAGGGGGAGAGGGUGGAGGAGGGGGAUAGAGGUGGGGGCUUGCAUGAAGGCACAGGGACUGUGAGGGUGUUGGGGCUCUUGGGUGCGCGGACGCGCUUGUAGUGGGCACACUUGACCAUACCACGGCUGCGCAGCAACUCCUCGGGGGCUGGUGGGCAGGAGGCAAGAAGGGCAGAAGGAAAGGACACGAGGGGCAGGCGAACAAACGAUCUCUUCAUCCCUUCAUCAUGUGUCUGUCGUGGAUGUGAUUGAUGUGUGUCGGGUUUGCUUGCUUACUUCUGCUGGGAGUCCAUGUGCGUUUGCGGAUGUUGACGAACCAGUCCUGCAGCUGCUUCUUGGUCAGACCUGCGAAUGAAUCGAAAACACAGACAGACGGACGUCCCACAGACACACCAUACAUACUUCCCUCGUACAGUACCUGCCCACCCAGCCACCUGUCAUCCCGCCCACUCACCCGUUUGUUUCAUGAGGCUUUGUUUCUCGUCGUCAGUAGGGUAGGGGUGCUCUUCAUGCUCGUCGAACCACUGACGCAACACCGCCGUGGCCGCCCUCGGCAGACGACGAGAGUUUCCCUCAUCAACUGCACACACCCAAUCCAACCAACAAACAACACACGACAGGCAGGCAGGCAGGCAGGCGAGAAACCCCCAUUGAUCUUCGCUGUCCAUGACAUGACAAGUGUGGUGUCUGUCUGUCUGUGCGUGUGUGUGACGUGCCCGCCACCCCCACCCACCAUAUGUGUCGGCCCGUUUGUUGGUCUUCCAUGGAUGGAGUGGCGAUGCGCAUCCCUCUGAGAGGAAGGGCGACACGGGCAGGUAGGGCGAGCUGGGGGGAGCCGGCGACGCCUUGCUGCCGAUCCUGUCAGUGCUACCCACCGGGUGGUCCUUGGUGAUCUGCACCGUCACGAUUGGCCGCCUCUGCGCCAGCUUUGAUGACACGCCCUCCCGCGCAGUGGACGACCCACGCUCCGUCUUGCUGCCGGUGCCCCCGGGGCAGCUGGAGGUGGCGACCAGCGGGGAGCCAAAGGGGCUGCCCGACGGUCCGGCAGCAGCAGACAGGCUCGGAAGCGACAGAAACGGCAGUAGCGGCACCUUGUGAUGGGGCUUCGGCGGCUGCUGUGCGGUUUCCUGUUCCUCUUGUCCGAGGUUGGGAAUGGGCACUGCUGGUGGCGGCGGGGACAUGUUUGUGGCACCAUUGAUGCACAGGGCGGCGAGGGAGGCAGAGACCUGGCCCAACAAACUAUCAUCUGCACACACACACAGCGGACAGGCACACCAACAACAACGGUACGGUGCAGUCAGGCAGCCUGAGGGCGCGUGCCUGACAUACCAUAUUGGGCCGCAUCGGGUGCCCCAUCGUUGCCCGUUUGCUCCUGCCGCUGCUGACGCACUCGCUCAAUGAUAUUGACGAUAGCUUUUGCUGCCUCCACCGGGCUGGACCGCACCAAGCUGUCGAAUUUCGACUGGAAGUCACUCCCGCCCUCCUCCCCCUCCAUGCUCCUCCUCUCGCAGGGCAGACUGAGUCAG